CCCUGACAUUGUUCAAGACGCAGCCCCGUCAGAGGAGGACGAGCGGAGUCUUAAAUAUUUCGCAACCCUACUGACAGGAAGGACCUCCCAGAUCUUGGACCGCGAUGAGUUGACCAACUACAAGCGUUUUCAGCAAGAGUCCGUUGCAACUGGCAGAUUUGUUUUCCAUCGGCGGAGCCUCUACUACUCUUUCUACAGCACAUCCCGUCCUCGGGGUAUCCAAUUCUUGGAUCUCCAAGGCAACAUCCUAGAGGAACAUGUGAUCCCGGCGAAUACAAGCUACCAAAACGCCACUGGAAAGAUUUGCGGCGUCUGGAAAAGAGUGCCACGGGACUACCGCAAGUUGAUGCGGGAAGAAAAGAUGGUGGUCUCUCUCCUGUGGGAUCGACCAGAGCUCACGCUAGGCGGACAGCUUUUUAGGUACAGAGCAUUGUCCUCUGAGUUAUACAGUGCUCUUCUAGAAGGUGGGGAUGAAGGAGCUGGUGGCUCCGCAAUAAUUUCAGUCGCUUCCAGCGCACCUUCUAUUCACAUAACUCUCCUCUUCAAUGGUGUCUUUACUCCUGAGGAUGUCGCUGAUGUACCUUUGAACUUGAAAAUUGUCAAUCCAGAGAAAGGACACAUCGUCAUUGACGAGAUUAUCAAAAUUGAGAAACCCUCAAAUGAACUCAACACUAUCGAGUUUAGCUCUGUUGUGACAGCAAAUGAUUUGAAGCUCUUAUCAAAGCAAAAGUUGACUGUCAUCUUAUCAUCGAAACAUUCAGAAUUAAAGUUGGCAGGACCGAUAGUCACUAGAGUUGCCUGUCAAUUAAUGCAGUCAACGCUGUCGUAUCAAUCUGACUUAGACUCUGGCAAUUCUAUUCAUGAUUAUCCGGUCACCCUUGCUUCUGGAUUAAGUUGGAUGUUUGUUGAUAAAGAAGGCUUCCUUCAGUACACUGUGCAACUUCAUGGCAUUGAUGAGGUUGCUGUUGUCACCUUGGGAUCAGUUGCAUCAAAAAAAUUUAUGGAACUCGAAGAUUUGACGCCAACUCUGAAAAAUGGCUGGGCGAAUGGAACACUGGACCGGCUCUCCCCAAAAUAUCUUGAGCAACUGUAUGCUGGAGAUCUUGGGAUCAACGUUGGCACCCCAAAUAAUCCAAGCCUAAUUAGAGGUAAACUUGUGCCACGCAUUGUCGCUGAAGCUAGGAACGCACCUGCACCUAUAUUCCUUAUGCGCCCAAAUGUGUCCACUUAUGCUAAUAAUACUGGACUAAUUUGGGCUUUCUUUGAUGCAGACUGUAAUCUUCAUUAUGAGGUAAUGAUAACCGGCCAAGUUUCUGCAGAUGAAUCCUUACAACUUUUUAUAGAAGAUAUUCCGUUUAUUGCCCCUGGAGCACCCGUAACAAGAAAGCUUCUUGAGGAGUUUGUUGGUCUUAACAUGGAAGGAACAACUGUGGGUCUCUCACAAGAUGAGUUGCUGCGUUUAGAGGCAGGAGUAGUUUACUUUGACAUUCGUAGCAGCAAGACCGGAGCAACUAUUCUUAAGGGCCACUGGAAGCAGGUGUCAGUGCCAUCCUCGUGCUUACCCCACUUCUCAGAUAACGAUGUUCCAACAAUCAACUUCAACAGUGAUCCCAGCAACGGAAACAUCAUUGAAGGAAGCGGGGCUUGCUAUCAUGGAAGUCGAUUCCACGAUGAUGGAUCUCAAUGGACAUCAACAGUUGAUCAUUGCACCAUGUGUAAUUGUGUUCACUCGCGGGUUAAAUGUGAUCCCAUCCUUUGCCCUCCAGUCCAAUGCUCAUCACCCACCAUGCAAGAUGGAGAGUGCUGUCCAAGUUGUGGCAAUAAUAUACAGGAAAUUUCAGCAGGUGCCUCCAGGGGCUGUCAUUUAGGAGACCAAUUAUUUCCACCAGGGGCCAGAUGGCAUCCCUACUUGCCUCCUAACGGUUUUGACUCGUGCGCCAUUUGCUCCUGCAAU